AUGGCUGCAGCGGAUUUCGACGCUGUCCGAAAGCUCCAGGCUGAGCGCAAUGCGGCAGCGGCCGCGAAAAAAGGUUCUAGGACCUUUGAUCCGUCUAACCAGCGCACUGACAACUCGACAAAGGCCUCCUUGACCGAAUCAUUCGAUACAACCCUCUACGAUCGUGAAGGUGCCGAUAAAUAUGCGGGUUAUAGCACCUCCAUCGCUGUUGACGAUGGAGAUGAAGACAUGGAGGACGCGGAUAAUGGACACCGCUUGGUUGGGCAGUAUACUGCAACGCGAAGCCAGAUUGACGAGUUUGCCCGGGGAAAUGGGGUCGAAGAAGAGGACAUUCUUCUUGGACGUGAAAAGGCUGCUAGGAUCUCCGAUCGAGAGACUGAUUACCAGAAACGCCGCUUCAACCGAGGGCCUUUGACUCCUACCCGGGCCGAUCCCUUCGCUGCGAACACCCACGCGAAUGUUGAACAAGAGGGCCAGACGUACCGUGAGGUUAUGGCUCUUCGUGAGAUCGAGAAAGAAGAAGAGCGUGUCCAGAAGCUGAUCGCAGAAAAACAGGCUCGUGGUGAGAACGGCGUGCAAGAACACGAGGCCACACUGAAGCUCGAAGAUAAGGAGAAUGCGGAAGCAGGAUCAACGGUGUCGGUUGCCACUGGCCGCAAGCGCAAGCAACGCUGGGACGUGGCUCCCACGGAUGAGACGCCUGCUGCUCCUACUUCUGACGAUGCUAAGGCUAAAAAGUCGCGAUGGGACCAAACACCUGCUCCUGGUGGUGGCGAAGCCCCCAAGCGCCGUUCACGAUGGGAUCAAGCACCAGCGAUUGCGGCGGCAACACCUGUUGGUAACCAAGGACUUGCAACACCUAUGCAUCCUUCCCAAGUAGGUGCGCCUAUGAUUCCAACCAGUUUUGGAACUGAUAUCUCUGGCCGCAAUGCCCCUCUCUCCGACGAGGAGCUUGACAUGAUGCUCCCGUCGGAAGGCUACAAGAUCCUCGAGCCUCCUCCUGGAUAUGCUCCAAUCCGGACGCCUGCAAGGAAGCUUAUGGCGACACCGGCACCGAUUGCCAGCUCCACUGGCGUAGGUGGCUUUAUGAUGCAGGAACCGGAGAGUGCCCGUUCCCUCGGCAAGCAGCUUCCUACCGAGAUUCCUGGGGUUGGCGAUCUCCAAUUUUUCAAGCCAGAGGAUAUGGCAUACUUCGGAAAGUUGAUGGAUACUGGAGAUGAAUCAACGAUGUCAGUGGAGGAACUCAAAGAACGAAAGAUCAUGAGGCUGUUGCUCAAGGUCAAAAACGGCACGCCACCGAUGAGAAAAACUGCCCUGCGUCAGCUCACUGAUAACGCGCGACAAUUCGGCGCUGGCCCCUUGUUCAACCAGAUCCUGCCUCUACUUAUGGAGAAAUCCUUGGAAGAUCAGGAGCGUCACUUGCUUGUCAAAGUCAUUGACCGUGUCCUCUAUAAGCUAGAUGACCUUGUGCGGCCGUAUGUGCACAAGAUUUUGGUUGUUAUUGAGCCUUUGCUCAUUGACCAAGACUACUACGCGCGGGUUGAGGGUCGUGAGAUCAUUUCGAACCUGGCCAAGGCCGCUGGUCUUGCGACUAUGAUUAGUACUAUGCGUCCUGAUAUUGAUCACGUUGAUGAAUAUGUACGAAACACAACCGCUCGAGCCUUUGCCGUUGUCGCUUCCGCUCUUGGUAUCCCCGCUCUCCUCCCCUUCCUGCGAGCUGUAUGUCGCAGUAAGAAGUCCUGGCAGGCCCGACACACUGGGGUCAAGAUCGUCCAGCAGAUUCCUAUCCUUAUGGGUUGCGCCAUUCUUCCCCAUCUGAAAGGUCUCGUUGACUGCAUUGCGGACAACCUUAGUGAUGAACAGGCCAAGGUCAGAACGGUCACAGCUUUGGCGGUUGGAGCGUUGGCUGAAGCAGCUAACCCAUACGGUAUUGAGAGUUUCGACGAAAUUCUCAACCCGCUCUGGACUGGAGCUCGAAAGCAACGUGGUAAGGGUCUUGCUGCCUUCCUCAAAGCUGUUGGUUAUAUCAUUCCUCUCAUGGACGAGGAAUAUGCAAACUACUACACCAGUCAGAUCAUGGAAAUUCUUCUCCGAGAAUUUUCAUCUCCUGAUGAGGAGAUGAAGAAGGUCGUUCUUAAAGUGGUUUCGCAAUGCGCGAGCACUGAUGGUGUGACAGCUAGUUACCUGAAGGAACAUGUGCUGGUAGAUUUUUUCAAGAGUUUUUGGGUUAGACGUAUGGCCCUGGAUCGAAGGAACUACCGGCAAGUGGUUGAUACCACCGUUGACCUGGGACAGAAGGUUGGCGCUGGUGAAAUCUUGGAGCGGAUCAUCAACAACUUGAAGGACGAGAGCGAGCCUUAUCGGAAGAUGACCGUGGAGACUGUGGAGAAGACGAUCGCGUCCCUUGGAGCUGCAGAUAUCUCGGAAAGGCUAGAAGAGCGACUUAUCGAUGGUGUUCUGUAUGCCUUCCAAGAACAGAGCAUUGAAGACAUCAUCAUCCUGAACGGCUUUGGAACUGUAGUGAAUGCGCUUGGCACUCGAUGCAAGCCGUACCUCCCUCAAAUUGUCAGUACGAUUCUUUGGAGGUUGAACAACAAGUCUGCCACCGUCCGUCAGCAAGCAGCCGACCUCAUCUCGCGGAUUGCGUUGGUCAUGAAGCAAUGCGGAGAGGAUGCGCUGAUGGGUAAGCUGGGCAUUGUGCUGUAUGAAUAUCUCGGUGAAGAGUAUCCAGAAGUGCUGGGAUCCAUCCUUGGUGCUCUUCGGUCGAUCGUCACGGUUGUUGGUAUCAACCAGAUGCAACCUCCAAUCAGGGACCUACUCCCUCGUCUUACUCCGAUUCUGCGAAACCGCCACGAGAAGGUGCAAGAGAACACCAUUGACCUUGUCGGUCGUAUUGCCGACCGAGGGCCCGAAUCCGUCAACGCCCGCGAAUGGAUGCGUAUCUGUUUUGAGCUGCUUGACAUGCUAAAAGCCCACAAGAAGGGCAUCCGCCGAGCCGCAAACAACACGUUCGGCUUCAUCGCCAAGGCCAUCGGUCCCCAGGAUGUCCUGGCGACCCUACUCAACAACCUUCGCGUCCAGGAGCGUCAGUCGCGCGUGUGUACAGCAGUCGCCAUCGGUAUCGUUGCCGAAACUUGUGCGCCAUUCACUGUCCUCCCCGCCCUGAUGAACGAAUACCGGGUCCCCGAAUUGAACGUACAGAACGGUGUCCUGAAAGCAAUGACCUUCCUCUUCGAAUACAUUGGGGAAAUGGCAAAGGACUACGUCUACGCCGUCACCCCUCUCCUUGAGGACGCCCUCAUCGACCGCGACCAAGUCCACCGCCAGACGGCAGCAACAGUCGUCAAGCACAUUGCCCUCGGCGUUGUUGGGCUCGGAUGCGAGGAUGCCAUGGUCCACCUCCUCAACCUGGUCUUCCCCAACAUUUUUGAAACUAGCCCUCACGUCAUCGACCGAGUCAUUGAAGCCAUUGACGCGAUCCGCAUGGCUGUCGGCACGGGCACUGUGAUGAACUACGUCUGGGCCGGUCUCUUCCACUCUGCGCGAAAGGUGCGCACACCCUACUGGCGUCUAUACAACGAUGCGUACGUGCAGAGCGCGGACGCGAUCAUUCCUUACUACCCUGAGCUAGAGGAGGACGGACUGAAACGGGACGAAUUGCUAAUCAUGAUCUGA